AUGGAUAACCACCUAAUCAUUCACCAACUGAGAUGUAAUGGUGUAUUGGAAGGUAUCAGAAUCUGUAGAAAGGGAUUCCCCAGCAGAAUUAUUUAUGGUGACUUUAAGCAACGGUAA